UUCCUUAAACAGAUAUCCGACGGUGCCGGCCAUCAUGGCCUAGCUGUCCCUCCUAAUCUUGUAAACCCACUGCGGGGUCUAUGCCUCGCUAAAGGGAAUCAAGUAACAGAAGCAGCAGACACACCAGGUCAGGCAGCGUCUGGAAGGGAACAAACAGUUGUUUGGGUCUGAGACCCUUCACCAGGACCGACUGUUCCUCUCCAUAGACGCUGCCUGGCCCGGCCCGGCCCGGCCCGCCGGGUCCCCCCGCGUUUUCUGUGGCUUUCCAGCACCCGCAGAAAGGCUUGUGUUACCGGCACCGUUACUGUGAGGCUCCUAUAAAACUGUGCUGGAGCCCCAGUUCCUCCUCAGAGAGGUACUCGUCCUGCGGGAGGUUCUGUCAGCGGGCUGGGUUUCUUCCUGCGGCCACUCUCGGGAGGGCGGAAGGCCGGAAGGGAAAAGGAACAAGGAGGCGGCGAAUGUGAGGCCCGGCGCCGACCGCCGUACCAUGGAGCCAGGGCACUGGGCACAGGGCACCGCUGAUGGGCUCACGGCCCCCGCAGCUGUCACUGAAGGCGGCCUGGAGUACGAGGACUCGGGCGAACUGAUCUGUGUGAAUCAGGAGACUGUGGAGAAGCUGACAGAAGGGUUAAUCUCUCACUAUCUCCCGGAUCUGAAGCAACUGAAAAAUGCCCUCCAGGAACUGACACAAAAUCAAGUGGUUCUGUUGGACACUUUGGAACAGCAGAUCGCCAAAUUCCGCGAGUGCCAUCUGGUGCUGGAUAUCAACGCUCUAUUCACAGAGGCCAAAUGUUACCACGAUAAACUGGUGAACAUUCGGAGGGAAAUGGUCAUGUUGCAUGAAAGGACGACAAGACUGAAGAGACGAGCUUUGAAACUUCAGCAGCAGAGACAGAGAGAAGUGCUGGAACACGAGCAGCAACGGGAGAAAGAGCUGGAGCGAGAGCGGCAACUGGUCGCUAAGCCUGCGAAGCUCUCGUAGGCACCAGGGGCUGUGGCUUUAACAGCAAACACCAGUGGACUGGAGGUUCUGUGUGUUUGGAGGACGUCCUGCCACACAAUGUUUCAGAGCACGGAGUUAUGAAUACUAACCUGCAGUUCAUCUGCUGUGAACAACUCAAAAUACCAACCGUAGGAAACCAAAAUGCGCUUUUUAUGAAGGGGGUCUUUAGGGAGAUUUUCACUGGGACCGCUGGGUGAUGCGUGGUCCAACAUUAUACGCAGUGCCCAGUGCCGGGUACGAUGUUGGACCACGCAUUGUAGCCGUGAUGUCGUGCCCUGGCACUGCAUGGCUUUCAUUGUCCUCAAACAACAAUGGUUCCGGAUUCUUCUACCCCUUGGAACAAUGGUUAAUCAGGCAGUGAUGGACGAGAAUGCUGUCAUCACUCCCUUGAGUGAGGUCUCUGAGGCAGCAGGUUGUCUCGUCGUUUCUCUGUGGCUAGGACGGGGGUCCAGGGUCUGGUGAAGUCAGACUGGGUGUCACAACUGAGGCUGCCGCGUUAUCUUCAGGUUUAUGGAUCGGGCCUUUCGGAUGCCCGCACUAGGUGAGAAUAGUUACUAAACUGUGAGCAGGUCUCGGGGUUUGGUUUGGGGCUGAUGCCCCAACAUGGAACACAGUCUGGAUUUUAGAUGUGACUGGCUGCAGCACAGGUUUGUCAGGAGAAGCAGACGUAGAGAUCCCACUCUGAGUUGGCAGCUGGGAAUGCUGCUCUCUGUCCUCUCUGCUUACAUUUGCUCACCUCACCUCCGCUCAGGGUUUCAUUACAAUCACUGAUGACUUAGACCGAUGGUAGGUUUGCUUUCAGAAUCACUUUAAUGCCAUUCCUAAAGUUGUUUAAACUCAAUUCCACCACAGGCAUGUCUGCCUCGGCCUCUGCUCCAGACUGAAAUGUGACUGUAAUGUUGGUGAUAGGUUCUGAAGGGAACAUUUACAGUCACUAGACCUUGACCACACUGCUCCAUCAGGGCUCGCUUCUCCAGUCCAGGACCUGUGCCCCGCCAGAGCUCAGUCAGACUGCUGCCUAGAGACAGCUACUGAAACGGUGUUUACUGCCUUCCUGAUUGUGGCUGGGAGGCUGGAAUUUCCCCUCUAUGCAAUGGGCUCAUUCUGUAAGCCAAGUUAAACUCUGAUCUCCCCCGGUCACAAUGGGUGGAGGAGUUUUUCAUUUGCUUCUUAAACCCCAUCACCCCUACAGGGGCUUGGCCUCCAACUGCAGCUCACCAGAGUCCUUGGUCCUGAGCCAAUAGAAGGUUGAUGGGCCCUGUGGCUUCCAGUUUCACCCCAUGACUUCAUACGUCUUCUUGGUGAGUGUCCCAGGAACGAGGUGGUUGGAGCUUCUGUUGGUGUUGGCUGUGCAUCUUUACAGGAUUCCCAAGCCCCCACCUCCAAGCCUGGCUUGGAACCAUCGAUGGCGGAGUUAGGUGGGGAGGUUCAUCAGUGGAAAUCAUCUGGGAACUAACAAACCACCCCAAAACAAAAUUAAAAGUUUCCACUUGGCUUUUUUGAUUAUGCUCACAUGAAAUAAAAUGUAAGAUGUUGGAAAUAAAAGAUUAAAGAUCAGCUUUAUUUGUCACAUGUACACAGAAACAUACAGUGAAAUGUGUCGUUUGCAUCGACGACCCCACAGUCCGAGGGUGCGCUGGG